AUGGGAUACCUGAAGCUGCUGGUGAUGAAGGACUUCAAGUCCUGGCGGGGGGAGCAGGUCAUCGGCCCCUUCAUGAGGUUCAACUGCAUCAUUGGGCCCAACGGAGCAGGAAAAUCUAACAUAAUGGAUGCUGUUAGUUUUGUGAUGUGUGAAAAGAUAUCUAACUUGCGAGUUAAAAGUGUUCGAGAACUUAUUCAUGGAGCACAUGUUGGAAAACCAGUUUCUUCUACAGCAAGCGUAAAGAUAGUAUAUUGUGAAGAAGAUGGGGAAGAAAAAACAUUUUCAAGAGUUAUCCGUGGUACUUGUUCUGAAUUUAUUUUCAAUGAUAAAACAGUCACCCGAUCUACGUACAUAUCUGAGCUUGAAAAAAUAGGCAUACUUGUCAAAGCUAGGAAUUGUCUUAUUUUUCAGGGAACAGUAGAAUUGAUUGCAAUGAAGAAGCCAAAGGAAAGAACUCAACUUUUUGAACAAAUCAGUAAUUCAUGGCAAUAUGCUGAGGAAUAUGAAAGAAAAAAGAAAAAAAUGGAGCAAGCAGAAGAGGAUGCACACUUUAAUUAUAACAAGAAAAAAAGUGUUGCAGCAGAACGCAAACAAGCAAAGAUGGAAAAAGAGGAGGCAGAUCAUUACCAGAUGCUCAUCAAGGAAAUACAUGAAAACAGGAUACAGCUACAGCUUUUCCAGCUUUAUCACAAUGAAAAAAACAUCGACUUUCUGAAAAAAAGUCUGGAUGAAAAGAAUAUGGAGGCUAGUAUCAAGAAAGAUUCCCUUGCUACAGCGGAAGAUGAAUUUAGAGCCAAGAAAAAAGUGCUUGGUGUACUAAAUAGAGAUCAACAACACAUGGAAGGAGAAAUUAAGACUCUUCAAGUGUCACUGGUUCAGCAUAGAGCCCUCUAUAUAAAAGCAAAAGAAAACACUUCCUACCAAAUCAAGAAAGUAGAAAUGUCUAAAAAAUCUCUGAGGGACAAGGAGAAAUACUGUGAUAAGGAAAAGCAGAAUAUGAAAGACCUGGAGAUAGAACUGUAUGAAACUGAGAAGGCAUGGAGAGAAUUUGAGAAGAAAACUAAAGAGGAGAUACUGCAGAGAGCAGCAGAUAUUGAGCUGAGAGAAAGUCAGUUGGAGCACUAUAAAGAGCUAAAGGAAAUAGCAAGAAGGAAAGUGGCUACACUAACCCAGCAGCUAGAAAAACUUCGGUGGGAGCAAAAAGCGGAUCAAGAAAGGAUGAAACUUAAUAGGAGAAAGAAAAAAGAAGUUGAGGAAAACAUUAAACAGACUGUGGAACGGAUAGGAGAGCAUAAAAGACGAAUAGAGAAGUUGGAAGAGUAUACCAAGAUAUGCACUGAGUCAUUGGCAGAGAAAAAACACCAGAAAGAAACGCUUACUAAGGAAAUAGAAAAUUCAACAAUACGAAUGGCUGAAGUGAAUGAAGAAUUGAACAAAAUAGUUGGUGAACUGCAAAAUGCCAAGAUUGAUUACCACGAAGGAAAGCGUCAGCAAAUGAGAGCAGAGAUCCUGGAAAGUCUCAGAAGACUGUAUCCAGAUUCUGUGUUUGGAAGACUGCUUGACUUGUGCCACCCUAUUCAUAAAAAAUACCAGCUUGCUGUUACCAAAGUGUUCAGCAAAUACAUGACUGCUAUUGUUGUUGCCACGGAAAAAACAGCAAGAGAUUGCAUUCGGUUCCUAAAACAAGAACGAGCUGAACCCGAAACUUUUCUUGCUUUGGAUUACCUUGAUGUUAAGCCAAUUAAUGAGAAGUUAAGAGAGAUAAAAGGAGCUAAAAUGCUGGUGGAUGUUGUACAAACUCCAUUUGCUCCACUGAAAAAAGUAAUUCAGUUUGUGAGUGGGAAUGGCUUGGUCUGUGAAACAGUUAAAGAAGCAAGACAAAUAGCAUUUGAUGGACCAGUGAGGUUGAAAACAGUGGCACUUGAUGGAACUUUAUUGAAAUCUGGAGUGAUUUCUGGAGGAUCAAGCGAUUUAAGAUUUAAAGCCAGAUGUUGGGAUGAUAAAGAAAUAAAUAAAAUGAAAGAAAGAAGAGAGAGCUUGAUUAAUGAACUAAAGGACUUAAUGAAGAUCAAACGUAAGGAGACUGAUUUGAAGCAGUUGCAUGCUCAGUCUCAUGGAACUCAGACACGGCUUAAAUAUUCACAGACUGAAUUAGACCUUAUUAAAAAGAAACAUCUUGCUAAUCUCUACAUGGAGAAAUCAAAGCUGGAAAGUGAACUAGUAAAUACUGAGUCUCAGCAUGAUAUGAUAAAUGAAGGAGUACUACAGAGAGAAUUAAAAAUAGAAGAAUUUCAGAAGAAAAUCAAUGAGGCUGAAGAUGCUGUUUUCAAGGAAUUCUGUGAAGAAAUUGGCGUAGAAAAUAUACGUGUGUAUGAACAAGAACACGUGAGACAGCAAGAGGAGAUCGAUAGAAGAAGACUGGAGUUUGAAAAUCAGAAGACACGACUAAAUGUUCAGCUGGAAUAUAAUCGUGAUCAUCUACAGAAAUUAAUAGACACAGUCAGCAAGUUGAGGCAAACAAUUCAAAAAGAUGAAUUGGAGAUUACUGGGCUACUUAAGGAUGAGGAAAAGCAUCUAAAAAGGGUGAACGAAAUUGUGGAGGAGGAGCAACGUCUUAAGGAUACAUUAAGUGCUCAUAAAUCUGAGAUUAUGAAAACCCAAAGUGAAGUUGAAGAGUUCAGAAAGAAGUUGUUAACUCUUAAUAGGGAAGCUGCAAAAUUACAAAAGGAAGCUGCAGCUAUAGAAACCUCAUUGGAAGAUAAAAGAUUAAGGAGACAUAAUAUGCUUCUUGAGUGCAAGGUGCAGGACUUGAAAAUAAAUCUCCUAUUUGGAUCACUGGAUGAUAUCAGCGAAGUAGAGCUAGGAACUGAAACAGAAGGCACUCAGACUACAACUAUCUAUGACAGGGAAGAGGCAAUUAAGAUAGACUACAGUGGCCUAGCAAAUGACCUGAAGGACCUGGAGUCUGAUGAAGAGAUAGAGGCUCAUCUGAACCAGAUGCAGCAGGAAAUAAAAUCUAAAGAGAGUACUUUAAUGAAGACAGCUGCUCCAAACCUGAGAGCAUUGGAGAAAUUACAGAUAGCUCGGGACAAGUUCCAAGAAUCAAUGGAUGCUUUUGAGACCAGCAGAAAGGAGGCCAGAAUAUCCAAGCAAGAAUUUGAACAGGUGAAAAAAAGGAGAUACGAGCUUUUUAGCCAGUGCUUUGAGCAUGCCUCCAUAGCUAUUGAUCAGAUCUACAAAAAACUUUGCAGAAACAGUAGUGCUCAGGCAUUCCUUAGUCCUGAAAAUCCCGAGGAGCCUUAUCUGGAAGGCAUUGGCUUUAACUGCGUGGCUCCAGGAAAGCGCUUUAUGCCAAUGGACAGUUUGUCAGGAGGAGAAAAAACUGUGGCAGCUCUGGCUCUUAUAUUUGCUAUACACAGUUUUCGGCCAGCACCUUUUUUUAUUUUAGAUGAGAUAGAUGCUGCCCUGGAUAACACAAACAUUGAUAAAGUAUCAAGUUUCAUUAGGGAGCAGGCACGUGAACAGUUUCAAAUGAUAGUUAUUUCUCUGAAGGAAGAGUUUUAUUCCAAAGCAGAUGCAUUGAUUGGAGUGUGUCUAGAGCAUGAUAACGGUAUGUUCAGUCAGGUACUGACUUUGGAUCUUACCGAGUAUCCAGAUGACCAAGAAGAAAGGGAGAAAUACAUACAAAGUUCUUUAUAA